AUGGGUUCCGUUUUCCUGCCGCACCUUCGGAGUGGGUGGCACGUUGACCAGGCCAUUCUCAGCGAGGAAGAGCGACUCGUGGUCAUCCUCUUUGGUCGUGACUCUGAUUCCGACUGCAUGAGGAUGGGAGAGGUUCUUUACAAAAUCUCGGAACUGGUUCGAAACUUUGCGGUCAUCUACGUCUGCGACAUUGAUCAGGUCCCCGACUUUAACGAAAUGUACGAGCUUUACGACCCAUGCACGAUCCUCUUCUUCUGGCGAAACAAGCACAUGCUGUGCGAUUUCGGCACCGGUAACAACAACAAGCUCAACUGGGUCCUCGAGGACAAGCAGGAGCUUAUUGACAUCAUCGAGACCAUCUAUCGUGGUGCCAAGAAGGGCCGUGGUCUCGUUGUCAGCCCCAAAGACUACUCUACCCGCCACAGGUACUAA